CAGCGGAGGUCCUGGAGGAACUUGUCACCACUCUCCGGACAUCCCUGGUUCCCCCAACACCUCCGCGAUCUGCCUCUGUCAGUCCCAUGGCCAUGCCUGCUACCUUCACGGGCGACGCAGCUGAGUGUGGCGGUUUCCUCCUCCAAGUGGCGCUGUAUUUGGAAAUGCAGCCCCAGCAAUUUUCCACUGAUGGUCAAAGGACUCACGGAAGUGGACGAACCUCCUCCCCCAGAAAUCCUCGAACAACCCUCCGUCUAUUUAGUCAAAGAGAUCCUGGACUCACGGCGACGGGGUGGAAGGCUGGAAUAUCUGGUCGACUGGGAAGGAUAUGGACCAGAGGAACGAUCCUGGGUGGCCAGGGACGACAUCCUAGACCCCUUACUACUUGAAGAGUUCCACCGCACUCAUCCCGAACGUCCCGCGCCCAGAGGCCGUGGUCGCCGCUCGAGGGAGUAAUGUCAGGGAUUAGUCACCAUCACAACAGUCACCACCCAGCACAAUCACCCGCUCACAAUCACCUGACUUCUGAUUGCAUGCACCUGCUGUCACUAAUUAACACUAGUAUAUACACACGCACAUCCAUACCCCACAUUGUCCGGUCUACCGUUCACAUUGAUGGACUGCUCUGGACUCUCUCGA